CUCUAUCGGAUCCAUUGAACGAUUUCACAGUGCGGCCUGCAGCAGAGACCACACGGGCAGAGCUACGGCUACGGCGGCGGCAACGACAACGACAACUUACAACUUACAACAAAUUCUGCAACGAAUUGAAGUGCAACGAAAUGCAAGUAAUAUUUGCGACGCAAUUGAAGCUCUCCUCAGAUCCUGCAAGCGGCAGGCCACGUUCCCGCAGUUCCUAUCGCGGCUUCUAGGCGCCCCUCGCCCCAAUGUUGUCUGUGUGAGUAGGCGGAACUGUAGCACAGAUAAAAUCGAUAAAUCCAAGCCAAAAUAAAAUAAGGGAAAAUCACCAGCAAAGUGCGUGAGUGUGGGAGUGUGUGUGUGUGUGUGCUGUUUGUGCAUGUGUAUGUGUGCGUAGAAGGAAAACAAUAAGUGCGAAACAACGAAACGGAGAGGGGACACGGACCCGGACACGGACGCGGAUACGGUUACGGACACGGGGUCGCAGGACAAUCAUGCGGAAGUGAGCACUUGGAACACCCAAAGGAACACCUCCUGUGUGCCAACAAGCUGCUACUGUGGCUUGUCCAAUACACCAGUAAUCGCCCUGCAUUUAGCCGCACAUCAAAGCGUCGCUAUUUAUAUGUACGGCCGGGCCGUGCCGGGCCAUCAUGCGAUACCAUACCUGAGCGAACCGCCAACGCAAUAAUAAUAAUAAACGAAAGUAUGGCGCUCAAGUAGAACAUUCCAUCAGCGGUCGACAGCAAGCAAACAAGUCAGCUCCGUUUCCGAAUCUGCUCCUGUGUGGAGCAGCUACCGAUAUCGAGAAAACCACCACCAUCACCUCAAUUCGCAGCGCGAGAUGACGGAGCAAAAGAACCAGGUGACGCGUGCUGCACCGGAGCAGAGCAAUGACUACCGAGUGGUGGUCUUCGGUGCCGGUGGCGUUGGCAAAAGCUCCUUGGUGCUGAGAUUCAUCAAAGGCACGUUCCGGGAAAGCUACAUUCCGACCAUUGAGGACACCUACAGACAGGUCAUAAGUUGCAACAAGAACAUUUGCACGCUGCAAAUAACAGACACAACUGGAUCGCAUCAGUUCCCGGCAAUGCAGCGACUGUCCAUAUCGAAGGGACACGCUUUCAUUCUGGUCUUCUCUGUGUGCUCCAAGCAGAGUUUGGAGGAGCUACGGCCCAUCUGGGCGCUCAUAAAGGAGCUAAAGGGGGCCGAUAUACCCAACAUUCCCGUCAUGCUGGUGGGCAACAAGUGUGAUGAAACCGCCGAGCUGAGAGAGGUGUCGCAGAUCGAGGGCCAAGCGCAGGCCACCACCUGGAGCAUAUCGUUCAUGGAAACAUCGGCCAAAACCAACCACAAUGUAACCGAGCUGUUUCAGGAGCUCCUCAAUAUGGAGAAAACCCGCACCGUCUCCCUGCAAUUGGAUACGAAGAAGCAAAAGAAGCAGAAGAAGGAGAAAAAGGCAAAGGAAACGAAUGGCGCCAUACCGGAGAACGGGGAGGCUAGCGCCAGUGCCAGCGGCGGUGCCAAGGAGAAGUGUCGGGUUAUGUAAGGAUUAUCGGAUUACAAUGAAGUGAUUCCGAGACGAGUCGAUGCGAAAUGAAAUGGUGACAGACAAAUACUCGCUUUGGGGCAAGUAGCGUUGGGUUAACCCACACGCAUGCACACCCCCCCAUCUAGAUUUAAACCCGUGCAUCCCCACCCCACCAACCACACACAUAAAAACAAGCACCCAAAAUCAUACAAUAUGUAUUUAAGAAGAAAACACACUACGAUUACAAUUACAAAUACGAUUAUGACUAUAUUUUGCAUAGGUUUUAUUCAAGCAAAGAAUUUUCUAGUCGCACAGUAUACACAUACGAAUACUAUACUAAACAAUAUGAUACUAUCCACACCAUACUAUACGAACACAACACACAACACAGAACAGAACAUCCACGAAUGGAUGGGUUGACACAUAAUCGCAUCUGAAACGCAACGGCAUACAUAUCAAAUAUUUACACACUUGCAUGAUGCACCACCACCAACAACACCAAUCCAAUACGAGUACGCCACUGGUCACCGGUCACGCGAUGUGCCCAGAGUAAUCUGUAGCGUAAUCCCAUCCCAUGCCACACAUACAGACAGGUAUCAUUCAAUGCUAUACACUAUCGACAUAAAUACUUACAUACAUAGAAUAUCUCUAAUGAAAGCCAAAGUACCUACUUAAAAGACAUAAAUCUGAAUCUACUUACGAUAUACAAGUACUUACAAUAUUUACAUACAUACUUAAACCCAUUGACAGAAGACUUCUCUAUGUAAGUAGUCGACACGGAGACAAUUGUGGGGUUGCUGUCACAGCAAACUAUCUAAGAACGGAUCCUCCCCCCACACUACCGCCGUAUGCCUCCCCAGACUAUCAUUGCUGUUUAACUAUUUACCACCAAACAAACAAAAAAAGAACACUGAAUGAACGAAUGAAAGAAUGAAUACAGUACGAACCGAACACAACCCUGAUCGCCACAUAAUUAAGCUAAUGUAUAAAAAUACUCAUAGCCAUGCCACAGACCCCCCCACAGACAGACACGAAAUAUUCAUAGAAAUCUGCUAGUCUGCUAUUUGUUGUUUCUUUGAGCAAAUUCCAGUUAACAUUAAUUAUGUAUAUUAUAUUGUAGAAUUUUACAAUUAUUUGCUGAAAGUUACUGACGGGACGAGAGCAUUUUACACACAGAAGUAGUGCAAAAAGUGUAUGAAAACCUAUGUCUAAGCUUAAGUUAGAUCGAAAGUCUAAGUAAAAUCCGAGCAGCAACCGUUGAGCCGUAGUAGUGUGGAAGUGAGCGAAAGAACACGCGUACAUCGAAAGGAUAUUUGAGAGUGCAUUUUUGCAGCACAAACACAGGAGAUGGGUUUAAGUUGCCUGUUUUUAAACAACACACACACACACACCACACACACGAGUAGUAUCUUAUGUAUAACUUAACACAAACAAUUCCAAUUAUGGCAUUCGUUUCUUUUUAAAAAUAAUAAUUCCAUUUGAGAUUGGCUUGUGCAUAGGCGUAGGAGUAGGCAUAGGCAUUGUUCUGCUGCUGUUUGAUAUUAGGUGGCAUUAGUUUUUUAAAUUAUACGAUUACGUGUACGAGUACCAAAUCAGACGUAAGAGAGGUAGUAGGGUGACAUACAUAUGCUUUAAUUGCUGCUAAACCAUAAUUUUAGCUAGUUGAGGGGGCAAACGCAAAUGCGAACCAGCGAGAAAUAAUUACAUUAAUUAUGAUGUUGCUCAGUUGUUAAACCGUAGAACAGAACAGAAAAGCAGAAGAGAAACCAAUCGAGAGAUGAAAAUUACAUACUAAAUAACUAAAACAUAAAUUGUUGAAUUCGAGUAGUGAAAUUAUUAAUCAGGAUUAUCAUAGCGGACCAAUUUGCGUAUAAGAUUUGUGAAAUCAAUUAGAUAAUUCUCUCAGUUUGCCAUAGAAAUGGGAUGAUCGAUGCCAGCCUUAGUUGUCACUUAUUGGUAGCCUGCCGUGCUUUAGGUUUUUCGCUUAAUGUUUCCUAGUUUUAGGUAUGUUAAACGCUAGAGAGCAAACUGGUUUUGGUUAAGGCUAUAAGAGUAUUUGCCGUGUAUUGGAAUUUGCGUAACUGUAAACGAAAUACCUAGUUGCAUAGUUAUUAUUAUUAAAUAUUUAUAUAACAAUGAAGUGUAAUUAAAGCAUAAUACAAUUUUAAGGGCAGUGCAUGAUUUAAAAUACAACGAAUAAAUAUAUUUACACCGAAA